ACUUUCUUCCCUUUACAUCACCCACCACACCCAACCCACAUUCGUUUUUACAACAACCCUUCAGUCUUUGAACUGAACUUGGCGGGAGAGAGAGAGAGAACAAGAAGGAAAAGAGAGAAGGGAGACCGAGACGCGCGGGCACCACCAUCGUUUCUGUUUUACCCGUGACCAGCCUCUUGCGCACAUUCGAGCGUCCUCGGCAGACACGCACACACACACACAAACACACACACUGAGUCCACCCUAGACACGCUAUUCACUCGUUCAUUCCAACCGUCGGUUGGGCAACACGGCAGCCAUGAUGAGGGGACACGGCGGCCAGCAGGGCCAGGGUCAACCUGAGGGGGAAAUGGUGGAAAUCGACGUUCUUCAAGGCCAUCACCACCCUCACCAGCACCAAUAUCAGCCGCCGUACCAGAACGGCCAGCAGCAGAACCAGUACCAAGAACAAUACCAGGAGUACUCGCAGAACCCCUACGACAACACUCACAACGGCCACAACCCGUACGAGACCGAUCCCAGCUACGCCGGCCAGGAGGCCUACGGACGCGCCCUGACGAACAACGCGAACUCGCCGUACCAGCAGCAGCAGGACCAGUUUCAUCAGCAGCAGCAACAGCAGCAGUACCAGCAGCCGCACGCCGUUUCCGCCGGGGACGACUACGGCCCUCCCGGCUGGGCGAAUCGUCACUCGAUUGGCAUGGCUGGCGCACCUUCGAUCGGCCCGUCUAUCUCGGGCAUGGACACGCCCGUCGACUCGAGAGCCGCGACGCCGACACUCAAGAGCGGCAUGCAGACGCCGUUCGACGGCGACCAUCUGCCUCCGCCGAGGCAUCCGUGGUCGACGGAUUCCACGCCCAACAGCCCAAUGAACCAGAGCCAUCAGAGCUUGCAGAACCUCCUCCCCGGCCAGGCUUCUCCCGUGCUCGCCAAGGAAUGGGUCGAGGGCAGCGACCAGAUCGCGCGGCUUCACAAGCGUGACGACUCGGACAUCUGGAAGGGCUGGAAGCGACACGUCUUCCGGCUGGUGCCUCUGCUGACGAUCCUCGCGACGGGCAUGUACCUCGUCUACCUCGGCCUCCGCAUCUACUGCGUCAUCUCGGCGCAGAACCUGGCCAAGGAGAUCUACGCGCAGGCCUGGGUCUUCAUCGCCGUCGAGGUCGCCGUCGCUAUCCCGUCCAUCAUGCACAACAUCUGGACCAUGUGGUCCAUGAAGAAGCGCCAGCGCCCUAAGUUGAGGCUCAUGGGCGACGAGGUGCCCACUGUCGACGUGCUGCUGACGUGCUGCGGCGAGGAGGACGACCUGGUGCUCGACACGGCCCGCGCCGCCUGCGACGUCGACUACCCGCGGGACCGCUUCCGCGUCAUCAUCUGCGACGACGGCAAGUCCUCCGGGCUCGAGGCCGGCAUCGCCGCCCUGGCCAUGACCUACCCGAACGUCUUCUACCUGGCCCGGCCCAAGUACCCCGGCGUGCCUCACCACUUCAAGGCCGGUAACCUCAACUACGCCCUCGACUACGUCCACACAAUGCCCGGCGGUGCUGGCCAGUUUAUGGCUGCUCUCGACGCUGAUAUGAUCCCUGAGCGCGACUGGCUCCGUGCCAUCCUGCCUCACAUGCUCAUCGACCCCAAGGUGGCCCUCGCGUGCCCCCCGCAGCUGUUCUACAACACGCCGCCGUCCGACCCCCUGGCGCAGUCGCUCGACUUCUUCGUCCACGUCAUCGAGCCCAUCAAGGACGCGCUCGGCGUCGCCUGGUGCACCGGUUCCGGCUACUGCGUCCGCCGCGAGGCCCUCGACGAGAUCGGCAACUUCCCGCUCGGCUCCCUCGCCGAGGACGUGGCCACGUCGACCCUGAUGCUCGGCAAGGGCUGGAAGACGGCGUACAUCCACGAGCCCCUGCAGUUCGGCACCGUCCCCGAGGACUACGGCGGCCACCUCAAGCAGCGCACCCGCUGGGCCAUCGGCACCGUCGACACCUCGUUCAAGCUCAACUUUUGCCUCUACGGCGAGAAGGUGAAGCAGAUGACGACGGCCCAGCGCUUCUCGGGCUUCCUGUACGCGACGCUGUCGCUGUACACGAUCCUCCUGACGCUGUCCAUGUUCGCCAUCCCCAUCAUCCUCGUCAUGGGCAAGCCGCUGGUGGCCUACGCCAACUACGAGCAGCUCCGCUGGCUGAUCCGCGCGUGCUUCGCCGCCACCAUCACCAACCGCCUCUGCGAGUUCGCCCUCUUCAUCCCGGCGGGCUACCACACGGGCCAGCGCGGGUCGCGCUACCAGCUCUGGAUGUCGCCCUACAUCGCCCUCUGCAUCAUCCGGUCCUUCAUCCUGCCGACCUGGCUCGGCGGCCAGACGCAGGCCUUCAAGCCCACCGGCUCGCUCGGCUCCGCCCUCAACGAGCGCGACCCCAAGACGCGCAAGGGCAUGUUCCGCCGCCUCUGGGGCGUGCUUAUCAACUACAUGGCCAUCUUCCACCUCGCCUUCGUCUACCUGACCCUCGUCGGCGUCGUGCUGACGUCGUACCGCUGCUUCUACGUCAACGACGACCUGCGCGACACCCUCAUGUGCCUCAUCACCCACGCCUUCUGGCCGCCCCUGACCUUCAUCUUCAUCUGCAGCUCGCUCUGGACCCCCAUCGCCUACGCCAUCGACCCGCCCAACAUGCCCGAGCGCGAGCAGCUGCUCGACCGCGACCCCAAGACCUUUGUCGCCCACCCGUCCAAGCAGAGCAAGAAGAUCGCCUUUGGCGGCCAGGCCGCCUGGUUCGAGACCGAGCUGACCGUCACCACGGGCUACACCAUCCUCGUCUUUGUGCUCUCAUUCAUCUACUAAAGAUUGUUUUGCUCCAUUACUAUUGUUUUUUUUCCAUCUCGAAUUGUGGAAUGGAGACUUGGGGGGAUUUUGUUAUCCGCUCUGUUUCUCCAACACUCUGGCAUAUCAGGGCGCAGACACAGGCUCAGGGGGCCCUCCCCUCGCAGUAGCGAUUUUGAAAUACACGCACAGCCGACACCCGCAGACACUCAUACACACAAACACACUCUCACACACACACAUAACUACAAACACACAUCACAGACGUACAAAAAGAUGACUGUUACGAUAAUGUAAUGCCUGUAACUACUGCACAUAGAUCAGUAUAGAAUUACGCACAACGUACUACGGGCGGGGGAUGCGGAGGGAGGCGGCGCAAGAAACCACACACAGAUUUCAAUCCCUGCUGGAUAACGGGCCAGAAGGAAAACGGGGUUUCACACAGCAUCAUUCAUAUUCUUCAUCUCGCUAUAUCGAAUACAUUGAAAAAAAAAUUAUUCAUAAACCUUGCCGCUCCUCCUUUGUGAAGAUGGGGUGUAGUGAGUGUAGCCUGAUCCGGACUGGAAUUUGGCAUCUCGAUUCUUCACAUAAGCAACUCACACCAGUUUCAGUCAGGGGCGCACUCCUGUUUUCUCCCGGGAAAAAUCUCCCUGGAACUGGUUGGUGAGCGAGCCCCGGUUGUCCAAUAAGCUAAGUUGCAAGCUUCAUUCUCUCUCUAUCCCUCUCUCUAUCUCUCUCUCUCUCUAUCUCCCCUUUCUUCUCCCAUCGGAUAAUGGGCAGCCCUUGGCGUCAAACGUGUACCUAAGCCUGUCCCUUCUGUGGCGCCGCGGGAGGCUGGGACCCAAGACAGGAAUCGUCACUAGAGCCAAUGUCUCUCGUUCGUCAUAGGCGCAAGCCCCGUCGUGCCAUGUCUGGGGCGUGGAUGCGCCCCCUUGGCAUGUUCGGCUGUUUCUGAAGGCGCGCGGACACACGAACGCCGAUCCGGGUGUUGGAUCACAGUUUCUUGUCCAGUCAAGCCAGCACACGGAUACCCAUCUCUCUUCUCGUCAUUGUCUUUCUUUUCAUUUCUUCCCCCCGCCGUGCGGCUUGUGGCACAGUGAAUUGGUCCUGUUGCGUUCUGCAGAGGCUGUCAACUUGCUGACGCUGAGCAUGCAGACUGAUAAGAAGACAGACAUGGCGACGGGGCUUGGCGGGCACCAGCUGCGGCGGUGCUGCUGUGGUGUGAUGGUUGCACCGUAUCCGUAUCUCUCUUUGCGGUAAGUAUCUGUUAAUCCACCAAAGUGCCAACGGCGCGCGCUCUCUCUCUCUUCAUGGUUGGAUUCCAACUUCUCCUCGCCUCUUCCGCAUUCAGUUCACGCUCCCUCCAUCCUAUCCUCGAGUCCCUCUCCUCCCUUUGCCCUUUGCCCUUUGCCUUCCCGGCUUUGCCGCGAGGUGGGCGCCCGGUGGAGUUCUCCUCCAUCGGUGUAACCCCCUUCUUCCCCCCCGGGCGCCCGGCCCCGUCCGCAGCCCAGCUCAAAGCACCGCAAUGAUGACCGUGACGAAUAAUGACCAAAGGGAAAAGCAAAAUGCGUGGCAGGGCAGAAAGCGACAUUCCCUCGGCUCCCUGAGAUGAUGUUCCCUCGGCUUGCUCCCCGCCCCCCUCGUCAAGACUCUCUCAACAAGACGUGUGUGCGCUAAACGUGUCAAACACAC